AUGAUCGAAGACGACACGGAGCUGUCGCCCGCGCUCCGUCUCGCCACGGCCGUCCAAGGCGUACACACCCGGAUCCUCCCCUUUCGACGCAUACUGACACGAAACCUCUGCUUCGUGCUCGUGACCGUCGCGAUCCACGACGGUGACACAUCGGUAUGCAACACCCUAUGGCCCAACUUCCUUCGCGACCCCGUCAUCGACAACGUCCACUACCAGACGCCGGGCCAGCUGCGCCGCCUGUCCUUCCGCUUCUCCGGCGGCGCCGGCAUGGCGCCCGCCGAGAUCGCUUGGUCCCUCGCGCAGUUGGGUGUGAUGGGACUGCCGACGAAGCUGCUCGCGUAUCCCCGGGUGACUCAGCGUCUGGGAGCUCUCCGCACAUGGCGCUUCUUCCUGCGUUUCUCCCCCCUCGUCUACGCCGUGGUGCCGUACAUUGCCUUCAUGCCCUCGAUUACGCCGCCGCCGGCCGGAAAUCACGGUUUCACCGUAUGGGCGCUGGUUGUCUUCUUUCAGGGCCUCAUGGUGGGCUGUUCAAAGUUUACCGCGCCCUCGCAGCUCAUGCUCACCAACUUCGCCUCACCCCAUCCUUCUGCACUAGCUCGCACCAACAGCAUCUCAUACUUGACCACGGCUAUGGUCCGUGCUACUGCUUUCGCAGUGUCGGCAUGGGUGUAUAGCUACGGCUCCUCCCACGGCCUCACGGGGCUGGCGUGGUGGCUUGCUGGAGCUGCUUCAUUGUGUGGAUUCCUCGUCAGUCUAGCCUGUAAAGAAGGCAACGGGCAUAAGAUUUGA